UGGAGCUAAUAUAACAGCUAACAGCAAGUGAACAUCCACAUGAGGAUAAAGGUGACCUGUAAUCUCAUCUCCUCUUCUGACAGUUGUUCCAACCAGAAAAUUACAAAAGCCAGAGCCUGUGAGAUGUAAGAGAUACUCCCAGAGGAAAUGAUACAAGGGUUUUCUUGAACAAACAUACAAAGAUGGGUAAUGAAUCGUCCAGUCCUGAAACUGCAGUAGAAAAUGGAACGGACUCACAGGCAGAGCCCAUUCCUCAGAAGCUUCAGAAUGGAGGCAUCGUUGGCCAACCUUUAACAAUUUCCCUCAAUGGAACUGGUGAUGUGGUAGACUGUGAAGCAGCUGUGCAGCAGAACAGUGCACUCCCCUCAUCGCUGGAUACAAAGGAGAGGAGCUCCAGGUCAGGAAAAGAGGGGGACAAGACCAGGAAAGAUGCCAAGAUAAUGCUGCCAGCUGCCAAAUCCAGUUUCUCACUGUCAUUCUCCCAGCCGGUACCAGUCUGUGCUGAAGCCACGGGUGCCACUGAUUCAUCACCCCAGCCCCCCAGUGGCACGGUGCCCGCUGUGCACCAGACCGUUUCUCUGAAGCCCACCCCACCGCAGCAGAGCGCAGCCCAGGCAGAAGAUGGGAAGCUUGGCCAAGAUCUGCCGCCCAGAGAUCCGCCACCCAGAGAGGCAACGGGGCAGGAGAACGGGGAGAGCAAGACCGGCUUCUUCGAUAAACUUUUCAAGCAGAGUGACAAAGAGAAGGCCAAAGUGAACGAAAAGCCUAAGCAGCCACUUGCUGCCUCAGAGAGUAAAAGUGCAUCGGCACCCCAGAGCUCCCCCAAAGAAGUUCAGCUGACCAAUGGCCUUAAGACUGAGCCGGGAAACGUAAAGAAGACAGAGACAGCACUUCAAGAUCCAGAAGGUAAAUCCGUGAAUACUCCCAUCUCUACAAACGUGACAGUUGACAGCACCCUGAAAGACGAGACCAUUGCAGUGGAGAGUACAAAGGAGGGGGCAGCCAGAGAAGAUCAGCCACAGAAGAUUAUGAAUUUUUUCAAAACUUUUGCGACACCAAGUAAAACUCCCAAAGCAGAGCCUGAGUCUCCAGGUGUCUCAAAGGAGAAGAAGAAAGCCUGUGAGGUGCCAGAAGGAAAGACCAACACUGAGAAGGAGCAGAAGAUGCUGAAAAUGGAGAAGACCUCAGGUGUCCAGUCAACUCCUCCAACAACAGUGAAAACUGAGGCGCAGGGCGAUACAUCCAAAUCCAAAGAGCAGGAUUCUUCCACCAAACAGAAAACAGAAAAAGACUCUUCACCUAGUCCCUUCAGCAUGCUCUUCAGGCAAAAGUCUUCAGUGAAAGAAAUCCCACAAACAAAACCAAAUGGCGUACAGGAAGUGGAUGCUGCAUCACCUGUCAAAGCUGCCAAGGCAACCACACCAGCAGAAGCCCCUAAAGUGGACAGCAAAGGUGAUUCGGCCACCAAAGGUCAGAAAGCUGCCCAGAAAGAAGGUCCCAAGGAGCCAACUGCAGAGCCUGUGGCUGCAGAGAAGCAGAAACCGGUCAAGGAAACAUCAAGCCCCUUCAGCAAACUCUUCCGCCCAAAGACGAUAGAAGAAGAAUCACCAGCAGGAGAUCAGAAGAAGGUUGAAGUUGAUAUUUCCAAAACCCCAGAAACUCCCACUCAGCCUGAGUUGUCCGCAAACGAAGAAGCUGAGAAAAAGUCUUCAAAAUCUAAUUUCAUCUCGUUUUUUAAACAAAAGUCCCCCAAAGAGGAGGAAAGUGAAACAGAUUCUGCGGAAGUUAAUGACAAAGUUUCUGAUCCAACAAAGGAAAAGUCCUCGACUGCUCCAGUAGAAAUUCAGGCAACAAGUCAGGAAACCAAGGAGGAGGCCAAGCCCGUCCCCGAAGCGGAAAAGAAGAAGAGCAGGAAGCCAGAGACCACCCCGAAAUCCAAGACUCUGGAAGUCCCGCAGGAAAAGAGGUCUGUCUCCGAGGGCUCGCAGAAUGGAGACGACUCAGCGCGGGAGCCCACCAAGAAGGUGGAGAAGAGGAACUCCAUUGGCAUGUUCUUCAAAGGCCUGGGACCGAAAAGGCUGUCAGAUGCAGGUGUCCAGACUGAUCCUGUGACCAUCUUGAACCCCUCUGAGAAGAGCAAAUAAGAUCAUCACAACACUCGAGUACUUUUCAUUGCAAGAGGAAAACAAACUGCUAAUACAUAAACUCUUACAGUAUGUUAUACACGUUUAGGUUGUCUGCUGAUUGAAGGUGGUGGAGGGGUGUCUCUACACAGUACUGCUAAGGUUAAAGUAAGUGAUGAAUAAUUGGGCCAGGAAGUUUGUUUUUGUGCUGGAGAGGCAGUAUGGGGAGACCUGCCGUGGAAAGGCCUCAGGGGUGAUUUCAUUAACUCAGUGAUGUCAGUCAGAGAGGUUUUAUUAUUAGAGAUUAUCACAUUGUUGUUGGGUUUUUUUUGGAUUGAGUUACUUUUUAAUUCUUCUAACACUUCAAUUGAAGGUGAUUUUCAUUAUGGGGUCAGAGACGUCUAUGUCUUAUGCAAAUGGCCACUUACUGUACAUUGAUCAAUAACAGCAGUUUUUACAGCGGGGUGAAAAACUGGGUUCAGUCUUCAGCUUCUUGUACCUAUUGACCAGUUUUUAAAAGAAACCACCUGGCAAAAGAAGAAAGUUAACUUCCUUCUUUUGUAUGUUUUUGUCUUUCCUUUAAAAACAAGAAACAGAUAACUGUAAACUGAAGGUGAGGAACAGCGAAUUAUCUGUAAAUCUCAAAGGAUCUCUUUUUUUGUUGAGUCUGUACUAUUUUUUUUCUAAAUGUUCAGCAACCAUGUGAUUGUAUGCUAAACCAUACUAUUAAUUUUCCACAAUGUCACUGUCAAUUGUUCAAACAACAUUUAAAUUGAUUUGUGAUAAUGCCUUACCUAAAAGCUAUUUUAUUUACAAGGCCAUGCUUAUUAAUGCGCUAAAAUAAUCACUCAAGCUCACUUUUAAAUUAUUAGCAUAAGAUGAGUGUGUUGUUUUUCUUCUUUGACAGGUAGAAAAAGUGUAUGUUGCUCUGGAGGAAUACAAUUUAGACACAGCCUUGCCAAAGUUGUUGUGCCUCUACGUCUCAUACAAGAGUGGGAGGUCCACUGUGCUUUUUUGCUAACAUAAAUGCCUACUGUUCUUUGAAACCAGAAACCAGAAAUGCACAGCAGCAGUAAUGAGAGGCUUUACAGAUGAGUAAAUCAAUGAGAAUCUUGAAAUCAGAAUUGUGUCCUGACAUCAAAAGAAACAAGAGGCUUGUUUUUAAGUUAGAGAGGAGUGACAUGCAAUCUUACUCAGUCCGGAUGUUUUAGUGCUGUAAGGUACAUAGGCUGUGAUGUAUAAAUAAAAUCCAAAUAUAUAUGGUAAUGAAUCCUA